AUGAGAAACUCAUCUAUCCUUAAACUUGUCUGCCUGUUUGCUUUGAUGUCCUUCAGUUACUCUCAAUACUUCUGCGUGGACUCUGAAGAUUGCUUUGCCAACCAAAUUUGCGAUGAAAACAUCUGUUCUUAUUAACCCGUUGAUAUCUUCUUCGAAACUGAUGAUGCUCUGCUUUCUCUUUAAGGUGGCUCAAAGAGUUGCACUAAGCCAUCUGACUGCAAUGGAGGCAGAGUUUGCUUCAAGGGCUAUUGCCAAUUCAAGAAUUUACUUCUUGCUUUGUUCAAUGACCAUCCUAACUUCGACUUCGCUCAAGGAAUCGUUAAGGACGUCAAUGCAAAGAUUGAUCCAUUCGGUAAUUUCCAAAACUGA